CGCGAGAGGGCGACCGUUGGGGCGGUUGGCCGCCCGGCCCCCUCCCCGCAGCCGCCGCCGCCGCCGCCGCCGAGGCGAAGGAGGGAGGCGCCGAAGCGGCCAUGAAGGCGGGAGCAACGUCCAUGUGGGCUUCCUGUUGUGGGUUGCUGAAUGAAGUCAUGGGGACUGGAGCUGUUCGAGGCCAACAACCUGGAUUUGGGGGUGGGGCAAACCCAUUCAGGUUUGCACCAAGUACAGACUUCACCGUGUAUACCUCUUCAGCAGCCGGAGGAGCAAAUCUAGUCUGUAAAUCUUGUGGUCUCUCAUUCUCAGUGUUCAGGAAAAGGCAUGUCUGCUGUGAGUGCAAGAAGGAUUUCUGCUCCAUGUGCUCAGUCUUCCAUGAGAACCUCCGAAGAUGUUCUACCUGUCAGUUGUUACAGGAGACAACAUUCCAGCGGCCACAGCUGAUGCGCCUGAAGGUGAAAGAUCUGCGCCAGUACCUGGUUCUUAGGAACAUCCCAACAGAUACUUGUCGAGAAAAGGAAGACUUGGUGGACCUUAUCCUGUGCCAUCACGGAUUGGCUUCGGAGGAGGAUACAGACACUAGCAGCUUGUAUUCGAUACGGUCACAGACCUCUAGUUUUUCUACACAUCCCAUUUCUCUGUCAGGAUCGAUGUCAUCCUCUCAGGGAGAACUUGCAAACAGGCAUGAGAGCACAGGAAGUGAAAUGCAGUUGCAGGGACAGGGCGAGAGACUUUUGGCAGAUCUUGGUGAAGAGGAGGAAAGUGCAGAAGGGCAGACACCAGGACAGUCCCGGAAGCGUGCAAGAGCCUCACUCUCGGAUAUUUCCAGCCUGGAUGAUAUUGAGGGGCUAAGUGUUCGCCAGCUGAAGGAAAUACUUGCUCGUAACUUCGUGAACUACUCGGGAUGCUGUGAAAAAUGGGAGCUGGUUGAGCGAGUGGGCAGGCUGUACAGGGAGAAUGAAGCAAACCACAGGACACAAGGGGAGAAGCCUCCGCUGAGUGACGAGGAUGACAGCCUCUGCAGGAUCUGCAUGGACGCGGUGAUAGAUUGCGUGCUCUUGGAAUGCGGCCACAUGGUCACCUGCACCAAGUGCGGCAAGCGCAUGAACGAAUGCCCCAUCUGCCGCCAGUACGUCGUGAGAGCGGUGCACGUUUUCAAGUCAUGAGUGGUACAGACGAUGGCUGCGGGCUGCCCACUGUGCUUGCUGCUCGAGUGGGGUGCUGGCCAUGGCAGUCACCACUGGAGACUCUGUGGUAAACCUCAGUUUCAGUAACUCAUAGCAUUUGGAACAGAAGCUUAGGAGCUUGACCACUCUGGCGGUCGGAUGCCUUGUUGAGGAUAGAGCUGUGUGAACUGCAUUAAACCAGAAACUGUUUUGAGUCAAACUUGCAGCAGCAGAUCUAGUACAACUCAUUGCUCUCUUCUGAAGAAUAGCACAUAUUGAAGGGUCAGGGUAGAACACUGCCUUUCCCAGCAGAAGAGAAAAUAGGACGCUGUCCAUGUGCAUUUCAAGUCAGCGCAUGGUCCCAUGCACCAGCCUACUGCACUCUCAGUGGAAUGCAACUGGACUCUUUCCUGCUCAGAUGUGCCCCCACACCCUCCAGCAGACAGAUGGGCGAAUGUUUGUGGCAUGAGGUCUCGUAGCCAGGUCAUUCUAUAUGUAUUGAAGUGCAGUGGCCUUAAUCCUACUCUCUAAAUACUCUCUACCCAGUAUUUGACACGAGAGGGAAUGUGUGGGGUUUCCUGGUUCAAAAGCCCAUUUGUGACUGUUCCUAUCUAAUAUUCCGGAAAAAUUUUGACAAUGCAUAUAAGCUAAUGUGAUUGCUCAGUAGCUGCAUUGAAGUUCAUAUUCUCCUGAAUAGGGACUAAGGCCCAGCAUAUUUACAACUGAUGCUAAGCCGCCUGCUUAAUAGGAAAGCCCUUCGGAGCUUUCUUGCAUAUUAGUCCCACUUCAGUUUUCUAGAAGGUACUUUAGCUAAGGUAGCAUCCGGUGUGAAUGACUGGAAGUGCAGCUGUUUCAGGGUCUGGUUGCAGGAUGUGUCUUUAGCAGUGGCACUCACUGGGUGGGAGCCCCACUCCAUGAUGGCUGUGGGGAAGGGCAAGAUGUACAUAGUCAUUAGAGCCUUAAUUUGACCACUUGCAUUUUGGAGCUGAGGGAAGCAUUUGAAAGCAGUAGCUAAAUUAAGGAAAGGGAGAGCCUCUACCAGUGAAAGUCACAAUGUUUUGGUAGAGGCCCCGCAUCUUCCUGAUGUACUGCCUACCUUAAAUGUGACGAUGGCAAUCCUACCAAGUCCAGAAUGUCCCACAAAGAGGUGCCAGAGUUCCUUUAUUGCACAAUAGACAAGUAUUACUGCUUUGCAUCUGAAAAGCAGUGCUCCAACAUAAUUGCACUGCUUGUGUGAGUUAAAUACCCUGGAAGGCUCGAAACUGGCAUUUCUUAGCCUCCAGCCAAAACAGAUGAGAUGAUUUUUCAUACUUUGAAAUUGACUUAUUUUUCAGAAGGGAGCAAGACAUUAUGGCUUUAUUUUUAGAAAGAUCUUUUUAAAGGUGCAGAAAAUCAAAUGAUCAAGCCCUUGUUCAGGGGUAGAUGCCUCACCAGAACGUAGCAUAUCCAUAACAUUCUGAACAAUGGCUAUUGACUUAAUAAACAUUUUGUUAACUGGC